AUGGUGAGAUUGAACACAUCACCCAACGAGUUGCCGACAUAUCCACGCGACGCAAUCUACGCUGUCCAGGAGAAUGCAUGGAUGGAUGAGGGAGUAUGGGACAUGUACCUGCGCGAACUUUUGCAGUUCGAGAUCGAAGCACCGUCUGUCGUGGUGGUUGAUAAUCUGUCGGCGCACCUGCGGCGUGCGAUUUUGUCCGUGGAAACAUCUACAGUGUGCUGGAAGAAUUGCCGGCAAACGCAAAAGUGCUGUUCAGCCGCUUGA